GUAUUCGACACCUUUGAGAAGCGUUUCGAGCUGGACCACACUCAGCUCUGUGUUUAAACACUCUCUCCAUUUUCAAAUUGUGUUUUGGUUACCGCAAGUAAAUCGCACAGAGGUACGCGAGCACGCAGAGAUAAACGACACCCAGACGAAGAGCAAACGCAGACAUAGACCCACGUCUUUUGUUGCUGGUUCUUGUUGUGAGCGCAGCGAGAAGGAAAUUAAUAACCAAUUUAUCCAGUUUUUUUUUUUAAGUGGUUUAUCUUUCUGUUUGCGUACAGUGAUAAAAAGUACUGUGUUGGCCUCAUGUCCUCUGCGGCUCGGUACACCGUGUCUGCCUCGAGACUCGCCACUGUUCUUCAGCAGUGGCAGUCGGCUGCCGAUGCGGGUGAGGCGACAGCGGCACAAUGUGGUGGGUGGGCGUGUGUGUUCGGUGAGCGCAGCGUCAACACCCCAGAAAACCAGCGCGGUCAGGCGAUGGUUCAGUACUUAUUGGAGGCAAAAGAACCUGUGACCAACGCGGCCGCGAUCAUCACGAAGGAAGUGACGCUCUUCAUUCACGCUGAUGGAGUGGACAUUGCGCCGCCAGCGACGAAGGCGGAGCACCACGCGGUGGAGGUGGUGAGCGGUGUGGAGGCGGCCAAGCCGCGUAUAGCCGCACUCCUUUCCGGCAAGGUGAUCGGCGCUCCGUUGAACGAGUUCGCCAUCCAGGAAGGCGCAUUCGCCGCUGCCUUUGUAGAGGCGGUGAAGUCCACCCUGCCGUCCGACGCCAUCCUCUCCGCUGCCCCGGUGCUGGGAGAGCUGCUCUUUGUGAAGGACGAAGCGGCGCUGAGCUGCGUGGAAAAGGCGGCGGGUCUCUGUUGCGCCGUUUUCCGUCGCUACGCACGGGACCACAUCGCGAGCGAGAUGUCAGAGCGCAGCCCGAAGAAGCUCUACGAUGUGCGGCAGAUGCUGUACGCCAAGCUGGAGCAUCCCAACACCAUUCAAGGCCUCGAGAGACUCGAUACGGAGGAGUUUUCGUUGGUGACUGGGCUGCCUCCCUGUAUCUUCCACAAAGGUACGUACAAGUCGCAGCUCAACGUCGACGAGGACACGCUGAAAGCUUCUUGCAAUGCGCCUACUCACGGUGAUGUUGUAGUGGUGCGCUACGGCCUGAAGAACGCCGGCUACACCGCGUUCCUCGGUCGCACGCUUCUGGUCGCGUCCUCUGCGCCGCCUAACGCGAAGGAGGCGUAUCAGUUUGCCUACGACGUGAGCGCCAAGCUGAUGGAGGCGCUCGUGCCUGGUGCAAAAGUGAACGAUGUCUACGCGACAGUCGUGCAGUACGCAACGGAGCUCAACGCUACACUCGCGGCGAAACUGUCCAAGACGCUCGGCUUUUCCACUGGCCUGCUGGUGCUAGAGGCACGCGGCACCAUCUCACCGAAGGGCACGGCAACUGUGGCGGAUGGCAUGAGCUUCGUGACGCGCGUCGUCCUUGAGGGCGUCGCCAGCGACGGGGCCGAGGACACCUUCGAUGUGGAGCUGACGGACACGGUAGUUGUCCACAACGGCGUCGCGGAGCUGAAGACCAAGGUGGCCCGCAAGGUGGAGGAGAUUCUCUACGAGGACCUCGAGGACACCGCCGGUGACGAGGAUGCGGCGGCGUCGGCACAGGCGCAGCGCAACCUCAGCAAAAUCACCCGCCAGGGACAAUCUGAAACUGUCAUUCUGUCGCGUGAGGCGCAGCGCGAGCAGCAGCUACGGCAGCUGCUGAGUGAGUUGCACGAGGAGUUCCUUGCCGCCGGCGGCAAAAAAGGCUCGCAAACGUCCACGGAGGAGUACCGCACCUGCGACGUGGGCCGCCUCGCUUUUGGUGAACUGAACCCCUACAAGCCGGACGACCGCCUCCCGCCGCAGGAGGGCAAGAACGGCAUCGUUGUACAGACGGACAAGAAGGUGGUGUGGCUCCCGGUGUGCGGGCGGCCCGUGUCAUUUCACAUUUCGACCAUCAACAAGGUCGACGUGAAGGCAGAGGGAGACAAGUACACGAUGACGGUUACCUUCCACAGCAUGCAAGAGUCCAACGUCGGCUAUAAGAUGAACCGUACGAAGGUGUUUGUAAAGGAGCUGACCUACUCUAGCACGCGGGACGUCUUCACGGAUGCCCAAAUCGCCAUCCAAGGCGUACAGCAGCGCAUUAAGAACGAGGACGCUGCGAGGAAACGUGCGCUGACCUCGGCCUCCUCGGGCAGGCUGACGCUGGCGCCGAAUCCGCUACGCCUUCCGACCGUGAAGAUCCGCCCGCCGAUCACCAGCUCCAGCCGUCAGAACAAAGGCUGCGUUGGCAACCUCGAACUGCACGCCAACGGACUGCGCUUUUCCUUUUUGGGCGGUGUUCCGGUGGACAUGCUCUUCGACAACAUUAAGCACGUCAUCUUCCAGCCAGCAGUGAAAAGCAUCUACGUCAUUUACCACGUCACGCUGAAGAAGCCGAUUGAGAUUAACCGCAAGAGCGUCACGGAGAUCCAAUUUGUCGCGGAGGUGAUGGAGAGCAGCGAGCUGGCCAGCGGUGUCCGACGCUCUUAUGAAGAGGAGCUGCAGGCCGAGGAGCGUGACGAGGAGCGCAUUAAACAGACCAACAAGCAGUUCAUCACCUUCGCCUACGCCGUUGAGGAGCGUAGCAAGAUCAGGACGCAGCUCCCAACUAGCCAGUUCGCCUUUGACGGCGUGCACGCGCGGUCCAUGACGACCUUCAAGGCCAGCCGCGAGGUGCUGUGGGCGAUUACGGACAUCCCUGCCUUUACACAGAGCGCGGAGGACAUCGAGGUGGUGUCCUUUGAGCGCGUCAUCCCGGGCGGGGCGACCUUUGAUAUGUCCUUUAUCCUGAAGGACUACAACAAGCCUGUCGUCACCAUCAGCUCGAUCCCGCGCAACUCCCUCGAGAACAUCAAGGACUGGUGCCUCAGUGCGCGGCUCUACUACAUGGAGACGACUGUGAACCCCAACUGGCGCGUCACGAUGAAGGACAUCCGCGAGGACCCCGACUGGGACCCGUGGCUGCGUGGCGAAGGCUGGUCCGUUCUGAACAACGAGACGAACGACGAGGAGGACGAGGAGGGCGGCGACGCGGACUCCGACUCCGACUCCGACUCCACCUACUACGAGGACGAGGACGAGGACGAGGAGUCGAGCGACAGCGACGACAGCUCCUGGCUGGAGGACGAGGAGAGCGACGUGGAUGCGGACAGCGACGCCAGCGACGACUCGAGCGACGCGGACUGGGAUGAGCUGGAGCGCAAGGCCGCCGCGAAGGACCGCGCACAUCGCUACAGCGACGACGACGAGGACCGGCCACGCAAACGCGCUCGCACGGCGGCGGCGCAUUCGUCAUCGUCAGCCCCGCCCGCCGCCCCCGCCUCUCGUCCCACAAAGAUGCCCAUCAACAUGGGACCGCGGGGAACCGGUGUGCCGCCUGCACGCCGCUUUUAA